GUCCCAGCUGCUUGUUUGUGUGUAUUGUUGCUGACAAUUGUCAACGAAAAUGCUCAAUUCCUUACGCUCCAAAACCAGUUGCGAAGAAGAAGCAAAGUUUUUGCAGAAUCGCAUUCAACUGGUGGAAAAACAUCUGGCAGAUCUAUGCGAUGUUUUUGGCCAGUAUGCACGGAAAACCGCCCGAGUUCGGGACAAAGGAGAUGAAAUAUCCAAAUCCGUUAUCUCAUACUCUGCUGGGGAAACAGUUAAUCGAUCCUUGUCCAUUGGACUGGACGGCUUUGCCGCGUCCAUGUCCACUCUUAGUGACUAUGGGGACGCCAGGACACGGGGUCUGGAGUUGAAAGUGGUGGGAGAGUUUUCCAAAUACGAGGACAUUUGCAAACGAGCCAGGGAGGAGGUGAGGGACAUUUUUGCGGCCAGAGAGCGUGAAAUGCAGAGGAAGAAACAACUGGACCGCAUCAGGGAGAAGAACCCACGGAACCGACAACAAAUUAUGCAAGCGGAAACGGAAGUGGCAAAGGCCACAGCCGAACUGUCCAAAACAGUACACACUAUUGAGGAAAAGGCGUCAACUUUCGAGAAGSAAAAGCUGCACGAYUUAAAGGCGAUUCUACUGGACUUUAUCCGUAUCGAAAUGGGGUACCAUGCUCGCAGUUUGGAAGUGCUCACAGRCGCUUUUUCAUUGGUUAACGGAAUCAACGAGGAYUCCGAYCUUGAAGACUUUCAAACAACUAGAGGAAAAAUGGACUUGGAGUUCAAAAAAUCACUGCGUUUGCCUGAAACUACCCAUCGAAAUUCCCCAGGGGCGMGAAGCGYCCUGCUCCGAUCYACACAGUCUUUGGGAGCAAUUUUCUCCAGCUCCCAUACUAAACGAUUCUCAAAGGACCGGUUAAAUAAAAGCCAGGACACUUUGGAUUCGAUCAAGCACAGCCUGAGCGAAACGGAGGAAUCUGAUUCGGAGACAAUAGAGAGUGACGAUGAUGCCGAGGAGGAUGAGUCUUCUAUGGAGAUGCGAAACGAUCCCAAGAAAGUGCAUUAAAACAGUGAUUUGCCUGGAUAAUGAAAAACACGGCCGGUCAUUUUAAAUAAUUUCAAUAGGAUCCGCUUGGGAAUAUAUUUGA